GCUAUUGCAUUACAAAAAAAUGUUUAGGGAAAAUUUUAAUUAAAACACCAAACUGAUGAUAAAACUUCUGUUCAAUCCACUAAGGAGCUGUGCUAAUGAACAGUAUCUGCUUAUAAUGUGUUUCUAAGACACAUUUUGAAACAAAAUUGCAAAAAUACAAUUAUUGUUCCAUCAGCCUGGUCGGGAGCUAAUACAAAAUACUGAUUGAGCAAAAUCCAUCAUUAAGGAAAAACAUCAUUACAUCAUUUAUUUUUAAAAAACAGUUCUAGUAAUUUAAAUCCUCACCUGUUCUACUUUAGAAAACAUAGAAUACUGUUUGCUCUGAAGCAUAGGAAGUAAGAUGGGCAGUUAAAAAAAUGAUUAAAAUAAUAAUAAUAAUAAAAUAUAUAACAUGACAAAGAUACAUUUGACGUGCAGUUAUUUUGGGAAUGUUCUGUAAGGGAUAGUUUAGGAUACAAACGUUCACGUCGCUUUAAAAAAAGCGUAUUUUUACAUAUAAAAGCAAAGCUUUAUCAUGUAAAAAUUCCGUGAGAAACAUAAUAAAUGAAUACAACGAAAUUAUUUGUUUUAUGGUUAUUGCUUUGCCACAUUUGCAAUAGUUUUAAGUCGAAAGAGACUUAUAUUUAAUUUAUUUGUGGCAGGAAAACGACCCAGCUCCUCAAUUAAACUUUAUUUUGAAGUUAUAACCGGAAGUGGAGUUCUCCAUCUGCCACUCUUUACGGUCCACGCUCUUUACACCGGCUCCUGUCCUGAGUAGUUUACAGCUAACGGAUGAGCUGUCAGAGUGAUCACUCCGCUCCUCUGAGGGUGUUGGUGACAGGAGGGUCCGGCUUGGUGGGCAGGGCCAUACAGCAUGUGGUCAAAGAGGAGGGGGGAGCCAAGGAGGGGGAAGAAUGGACAUUCCUCUCCUCCAAGGAUGCCAACCUGAUGAACAUGGAGGAAACACGGGCGGUGUUUGAAAAACUUCGGCCAACACACGUCAUUCACCUGGCUGCUAUGGUUGGGGGGCUUUUCAAGAACAUGAAAUACAACCUGGACUUUUGGAGAAACAAUAUCUUCAUCAAUGAUAACGUGCUGCAGGCGGCACAUGAAGUCGGCGCGGUCAAAGUUGUUUCCUGCCUGUCCACCUGCAUCUUCCCUGAUAAGACCACCUACCCUAUCGAUGAAACCAUGAUCCACAACGGUCCGCCUCAUGAGUCGAACUUCGGCUAUGCCUAUGCAAAGAGAAUGAUUGAUGUUCACAACAGGGCAUCUUUCCAGCAGUAUGGGCAUUGCUAUACAGCGGUCAUUCCCACUAAUGUGUUUGGUCCCCAUGACAACUUCAGCAUUGAGGACGGCCAUGUGCUGCCAGGGCUCAUACACAAAGCUUACAUUGCUCAAAACGAGGGGAAGCCCCUGGUGGUCUGGGGCUCCGGCUCUCCAAGAAGACAGUUCAUCUACUCUUUAGAUCUGGCUCGUCUCUUUCUGUGGGUUCUGAGGGAGUAUCCAGAGGUCGAUCCAAUAAUUCUCUCUGUUGGAGAGGAAGAAGAAGUGUCCAUCAAAGACGCAGCAGAGGCAGUUGUGCAAGCACUGGACUUCAAAGGAGAAGUGGUGUUUGAUACCAGUAAAGCAGACGGACAAUUCAAAAAGACUGCCAGCAAUGCUAAGCUGCGCCGAUACCUGCCAGAGUUCACCUUCACGCCGUUCGCACAAGCUUUAAAAGAAACCUGCGAUUGGUUUGUUGCCAACUAUGACUCCGCGCGGAAGUGAAAACUCUGACUCUGGUUUGUGCCCGCUCGGUUGGAAGAUGUGGAAGAGAACACAAGGGGGUUCAUGUGCAAAGGUAGAUGUUACUGAAUGAUUCUGUCACUCAGAGCUGGAAUGAAUAUCAUCAAGUCGGCAACACCAUACUGUGUAACUCUGUGUUGAUUUGUUUCACUAUGCUAGUGUUAAUCAUUCUUAGUUUAAUUGACUGCUUCAAUCUUGAUAUCCAGGUGCUGGCACAGUUUAAUAAUAACUCUAAAUUAUCUGUCUGUUAUACAUUUUCUUGUAAACAAUUUCAUCACUGAAUUACCUUCAUUUUUGAAGGUUUUACAAGUUUUGAUGUACUUUAUUUAAAUGAAGAGGAAUACGUUUCUUGAAGGGCCAUAUAUCUGGUGGCUUGGACGUUUUUUUUAUGUGUUGGCAGAAUAAAUAUUUUAUACCUAUAA